UUUCAAGUUAAUGGGCGUAAGAUGCAAAAUAAUUUGUUUUGAAAGUCUUGGUUACAAUAUAUUGCUGCGUGUCUAUACACUGGUCUGGCAUUGUUCUUCUUCCGAUUUAUGUAAGUCAGAAAAUAUAUAUGUAAUAAGUACAACGAAUGCGUGAUGUUAAUUUUUUCCGAAACAGCCUGAAAUCACGAAAAUCUUACAAGAUGUUGAUAUGGCGUGGGAAGAAAUUGGAUCCCAGUUCUGGUAAAGGUUGCAAUGAAUAUCAUGUGAAAUAAAAAUAAGGGACCUUAAAGAUCAAAGUAUUUUCAAAUUAUUUCAACACAAGUCAUUUAAAGUCCGUGAAUUUCCCCCCUAUUAUUCAUUACACUCCAUUAAAAAAUAGAUUCGCUUUUUACAGCAAGAUCAUUAGAUGCUGAGCACUAGAAUUACGCAAGUAACUGUUUGCUCGUCAUAGAAUUACCAGACCAUCCUUCAGGGAGUUUUAAACAAAAAAGAUUACAAUAACCAUCCGUGCGAAAACCCGCAAAAAAUUAAAAGUUAACUUGCGAAAACUUCAUAAAUAUUCAAUUUAUUUUUUCGCAAACGGGACAUUGAACAAAAAGCAAUUACUCGUCUAAACGGUUCUUUGUCACGAACUAGCGGGGAUUUACAAAUCGCAUUACGGACCCCCGUUUCAUGCGUCGCUUUCCUAUCAUUUGUUCAUUUUCAUUAUAAAAGAAGACACUUGGAAAGUAGGCAUUCAAUUUGAAAGCGGAGCAGACUGUAGCAUAUGGCUAUUCAGGAGCUCAAAUGUUCUGUCCACCCAGCGCUUAAAAGCACGACAGCAAAUCCUUGUUUAUUGUCAAAAUAUUUGAAAUUAAUGACAAAAUUAAUACUCUUAACAUUCAGAUCAUUUUCCUAUUUUCAUAUCAUCUGGUCUGGUGACAUUGUCAGUUGGGGAUUUUUCCGAACACAUGUUCAUGGGUGAGGGAGAAGGACAAGGCUGUCAGGAAAUUCACACGAGUCAGCGCACUUGCCAUGAUCCAUUUGGAUAAACUAGGACCGCCCAUGCUUAUAAAUUUAGCGAUAGACGGAUCAUCCAAUAGAUCUGUGUAAUUAUCGGACUCAGCGAUGCACAGAUGCGCAAUGGAAACAUCCCACCAAUCGCAGUGUCCUUUUAUUACAAGGAUUCAAAAUGAUCAAUUAAUCUGAUAAUGCAAUAGAGCUAGUUCUAAUCCGGACGGUCUUCCAUGCUAUUCUUUUUUUUUUUUAAAUAUUGUAAGAUUCUAAACAGACUGUGAACCCUUUUGGUAUAAAAAUCGAAUUCUUUAUGGGGUUAUGAAGUGUAAAUUUUAAUAGAAUUUGAAUAUGGAUGAAAAUUACAUGGAUAGAAAUAUUCAAGAUAGAGGAAAGCCGUGUGAAACUGAAAACUCAACGAGAGAUGACUAUCAUUUAAUGAGAGGAAAUUUUGGAAACUUUUCAAACAGUUUCUGUCAAGGUGAAAGUUCGACACAGCUUAGCACCGACUCGGACGAAGGUUCCGCUAACAUAGACAUAGAAGAAAAUAGUAACGACAGUGAUAGGGGAUUUUCUUCCGUCAGCAGACGACAGUGUGAAAACUUAUCCGAGGAGUACCCAGAAGAGGGGAUAUCCGCAAAAUUUAAACAGAGGAGGGGGAAAGUAGAGAAAACCGCACGACUUAAUAUAAACGCACGUGAAAGACGAAGAAUGCACGAUCUGAAUGAUGCAUUAGACGAACUGAGGUCUGUUAUACCGUAUGCACAUAGUCCAUCUGUCAGAAAGUUAUCUAAAAUUGCUACAUUGUUGCUGGCGAAAAACUAUAUUUUGAUGCAGGCAAACGCCCUCGACGAAAUGAGACGAAUGGUAGCAUAUAUGAAUUCUACAACCUCAUCCCCACCAACGUGUUUUGAACCCGUAAUGCCAUAUAACCGAUUGCAGGGAAUCCAAGGAUUGCCCUUACCGCCAGGACAGGGCAGGGCUAAAUGUGCGCCUGGAUUUAAUCCUCGCUCGGAUUCCUAAGAUUGCCAAACUUCCAAAUCCAGAGAUACUCGGUGCGCGAGAAUAACCUUUCAAAUGUGAUGAUCAAAAGUAGAAAUCUGAUGACACGGUGGUUAUUGCAGUUAAAUUAUUCAAGGAACCUGGAAGUACUUCUAGUUGGAAUGAAAUAGACUCAUUUUCGAUGUUAACACCCCUCCCCCUCAACAAAAUCAGAAAUCAAGAAAAUUGACACGAGUGUAUUCAAGAGAAACAUGCAAAUUUAAAACGCCAUGAUUUAACAUUUAAAAAGUAAUCUUCAGUUUCUUUUCUUUUUUUAAAUAAGUCCAUAAUUUACUUUUAAAGAUUACCAAACUAACUCUUAUCAAGGAAUUCUUCACCAUUUGGAAGCUAGAGACAAUAGGAAUUUACAGUAGGAAUUUUAAAUGCUGGUAUGUAAAAAAGAAUAUUUUACUGUCUAGAUAAAAAAAAAAUUAUCUUCAGUAAAUUUGUCUUUUGCCAGGGACGUGUGAGUGUAAUGCUGGGAUUACCUGUACUACAGAAAUAAAGAACAUUGGUGAUAGAAA